AAAUUGUGUUCGUAGUUGGUCGGUCCUCGUGUUAUUUAUAGAAAACCCCAUUGGCCAUUACUCUUCCAUCCACCUCUCUAUCUACCUCUCAAUUUCUCACUCCCCUAUCUCUGAACCAAUCAACCAUGUCUCUCCUCAACGAUCUCAUCAACCUCGACCUCUCCAAAACAACUAAGAAAAUCAUAGCCGAAUACAUAUGGAUUGGUGGAUCUGGCAUGGACUUGAGAAGCAAAGCAAGGACACUUUCAGGACCGGUGAGUGACCCAUCAAAACUCCCCAAGUGGAACUACGAUGGUUCCAGCACCGGCCAAGCCCCCGGCGAGGACAGCGAAGUCAUUCUCUAUCCCCAGGCGAUUUUCAAGGAUCCGUUCAGGAGAGGAAACAAUAUUCUGGUGAUGUGUGAUGCAUAUACUCCAGCCGGCGAGCCCAUACCCACAAACAAGAGGUUCAAUGCUGCCAAGAUCUUCAACCACCCAGACGUUGCCGCCGAGGAGCCAUGGUAUGGGAUUGAGCAGGAGUACACUCUCCUUCAAAAGGAUGUUAACUGGCCUCUUGGUUGGCCAGUUGGAGGCUUCCCUGGUCCUCAGGGACCUUACUACUGUGGAGCAGGAGCCGACAAGGCAUAUGGCCGUGAUAUUGUGGACUCUCACUACAAGGCUUGUCUGUAUGCUGGUAUUAAUAUCAGCGGAAUCAAUGGAGAAGUUAUGCCUGGCCAGUGGGAGUUCCAAGUUGGUCCUUCUGUUGGGAUCACGUCAGGAGAUCAAGUAUGGAUAGCUCGAUACAUUCUCGAGAGGAUCACUGAAAUUGCGGGUGUGGUCCUUUCUUUUGACCCAAAACCAAUCCCGGGUGACUGGAACGGAGCUGGGGCUCACACAAACUACAGCACAAAGUCUAUGAGGGAAGACGGUGGUAUCGAGGUGAUCAAGAAGGCCAUUGAAAAGCUGGGUUUGCGCCACAAGGAGCACAUAUCUGCCUAUGGGGAGGGUAACGAGAGAAGGUUGACUGGUCGCCAUGAGACUGCUGAUAUCAACACCUUCUCUUGGGGUGUCGCAAAUAGGGGAGCCUCCAUCCGUGUUGGGCGUGAUACUGAGAAAGAUGGCAAGGGCUAUUUUGAGGACAGGAGGCCAGCAUCGAACAUGGAUCCGUAUGUUGUUACUUCGAUGAUUGCAGAAACCACCAUUCUCUGGAAACCUUAGAAGCAAAAGUAGAGCCUGAAGACAAGAGAAUUGCCAUAAAUCUGGAUCUACUUUCUGUUUGUUUGCUUCUUUGGAUUGGUUGGUUGCUGUUUAGUUCUAGUUCUGUGGGAAUUUCUGAUGUGGAUUCUGCUUAUUGUUCCAUUGUACUUGAUGUUAAUCCAAAUAAAUGGUUGCCAAGUUUAGAGAUUUGAACAAUA